CAAUCACCCUUAACAAGGGUUUUCGUUCCCGUUCCAGUUGGCUCCGGCACACGAGAGACAGAGAGCAAGAACAAUCCUUGUUGGUUUGAGAACUGAAAAUGUGGAACAGCAAUGGAAAUUCAAUGAUGAAAAUGGCGACGAUGGUGAGGCACUUCUCUUCAAGCUCAAGAAAGCGCGCCCCAAAUCUGAGGAAGAUAAACCCUAGGGUCCCAUAUCAAGAAGCAGCCUCCAUCGCCGAAGAUCUCUAUGGCGUCAUAAAGAGCCAUGGUCCUCUCUCCAUCGGAAGCACUUGGAACCACGCCAAGGAUGCUGGAAUAAGUGGAUUAAACAGCAAAACACACCUAAAAUUGAUGCUGAAGUGGAUGAGGGGUCGAAGUAUGCUGAAGCAAAUCUGCAACCAUGUGGGCUCCACCAAGAAAUUUCUUCUCACAACUCUUCCUGAAGAACCUCAAUCAAACCAGCCAAACAGCCCCCCGGAACUGAAGCCGAAGAGCGAAAAAGUUCCAAAGUCGAACAAGCGGCGAGCACAAUAAUGCCUUAAUUCCAUUGUUGUUGAAUGAAACAUUUAAGCUUGUUUUGAGCAUGGGAAUUUGCAGAUCAGGCUAAUGUUGAUGUGCUUUUCUUCGAGUAGUGAAGCUUAUUUUGCUUCAAUUGAGAUGUAUGCACUGAGGGAUUGUGCCUCUAUCUCUGUGUACUGAUUAGAUAGAGUUCUUUUUAUCAAAAAGAGAAUGUAAUUUGCUCUGUGGCAACAUUUUCUGAUGGCAGGCUAUUGCAACAUCAAGCUUACAGUCCAUUUGUUGAGUAGAUGUGUUCAGUGUCUCCUAUGCAUUAUAAAGUUUAUUGUAAAUACUUGUGUAUAUGUGCUUAUAUUGAAAUAUGGCCACAACAGGUAAUGAAUAUGUGCGAGUAAGCCUAACCAUUAGACGGG